AUGUUAGAUAAUAAAAAUCCAAUAGGUGGUAUUACAUUAAGUCAUGGACAGUGUGAUAUGAAUCGACAACGAAUGAUCCAACCGGAAGGCAUGCAAUUUUCUACAGUACUUAUUAUCAGUUUUCAUCCGUUAUUUAUAACAAAACUUGACCGAGCAUUUCACAUCAGAUGUAUGUAUCGAGAGAUUGUACAAGCGGUUUCUUCCGGAAUCGAAGUGAGUGCGAUAGCAACACAAGCGGUGGAAUAUGAAUAUCCAUUUCCAAAUUGCAUUUAUACGAUUCGAAGAGAUGAAAUUGAUGGACCAAUAUUAAAGUAUGCAAGAGUUGGUGAACAAAUCGUUCAUCGAUGGGAAUGUCUAUCUGAUGUUUAUGGUUUGUUGGUGCAUAAUUGUUAUGUGGAAGAUGGACAGGGAGAAAAGCAAAUUAUCAUUGAUGAGAAUGGGUGUCAUACAGAUCGAGCAGUUUUGGGUGAUCCAACAUAUGUUGAAUCUCUCAACAUGGCAUAUCGCGAAUCAUUGGUAUUCAAAUUUGCUGAUCGGGUAAUCGUUCGAUUUCAGUGCCAAAUUCGUCUAUGCAUCAAAGAUGCUGGUGGUUGUAUUGGUAUUACUCCACCGAUGUGCUCCGAUGAGAACGAGCAAACGAACGGAUUAUUUGUAACAACGGUUGAAUCGAUAGUUCAUCAUACAAUAAAAACAAAGAAUGUCACUGACAUCCAGUCAAAAAAACGUCGACUAAUGCGAUCGCCGGUAUCCGAAAGAUCAAAGCAUAUGGUUGAUGCCGAUCUAAUAUCACAGCCUGUUUAUGUGUUAGACGCUGAUGAUGAAGAUGGAGAUGAAAACAGUUAUCAGUUAAGGCAAGGUACCCCAGAAGUAUGUGUAAGUAAUACAUUAUUCUCAAUACUCAUAUGUAUUAUGGCUAUUGCAUUUCUGGCGCUAACUGCAAGUGCUAUAUGGCUCAUGCAUAGGUCAUCCGGAAAUACAGUAAGUGAAUAUUACAAGAAGCAGUACACAAACCAUGUAUGCGCAUUAAAUUUCUAA